AUGCAGGUUAAGAUUGUGGUGCGUGUGUCGAUGAGCGACAAGAAAUCUCGCUCCAAAGCCCUAAAAAUCUGCGUGGGGAUAUGGGGAGUAGAAUCGGCGGCGUUGUCGGGGGCGGAGAAGGAUCAGGUGGUGGUGGUGGGAGAGAGCAUCGACGCGGUUGAGCUCACGCGGCAGCUGAGGAAGGGCGUGGCCCACGCGGAGCUCGUGAGCGUCGGUGAGGAUAAGAAAGAAGAUACUAAUAAGCCCGCCGCCGCGGUGGUGACGCCGGCGAAUGCGACGCCUGUUGUCUGGUCGUACCUGCCGCACUACGUCGGGUACAACAGCUACCCGAUUUACGAGAGCUCGUCAAGCGACUCCUGCACGAUUAUGUGA